AUGCGAUUUGAUCGCUUAGAACGCUCCAUUUACUAUGUAAAACAUUUGGGCUCCCCUCCUUCGAGAGGUAAGAUAUUUGUAAGGACUAAGAAGACGUUCUGGUUCCUAGUCUAUCUUCCCAACACUGUCGAGUUAGUUAAUGUCACACAUCGUCUAAACACUUGCUUUGCUAAUCCACAACCUCGUUCCAUAUUCUCAUGCAAGCAAGUGCAUGGGGGACUCGCGUCACCCCGAACCAAUUGCGAUAUACUACGGUCUGCUGAAUAUGUGGUAGUUUUCAAGAGAGCCAGAAUACCUCUACUAUUAAGUGGGGGAACAGGGAGAAAAGGCAAGUUUCGCGACCCAAUAAUAUCUAUUCCAUCCAACUACACCGAUGUACCUCUCCAUUUCAAGCAGCCUACCAUCGUAGCAUCAUUCCACGCCCGCCUUCUCCUCGCCCCUCAGAAGAUCCCGACUCUAGUCAUGCCAAGGUGCCGCUAA